ACUGGAAUCAAACCAACUUUUUUGUUUUUUUUUCCCACUCUUUUUUCUUAAAUAGAUAUCAUACUUUUUCUCUAUAUCAUGUCGUUCGUUCAACAAAGAGAAAAAAGAGCUAAUGCUGGUAGUCGUAUGCGGGCUCUACUAGAUCAAGAAGCUGAUAUGGAAGAAUUAUUCGAAUUGGACGAAAGUGAAGAUGAAGCUUUCUCGGAAACAGAGGAAGAAGUAGUAGAUACAAUAGAUUCCGACUUUGAUCUUGAAGAAUCUGAAGGAGAGGAAGAACAAGAACAAUUGGCUCAAGAAGAAGAAAAACUUAUUCGACAAGAAGAACGACAGGCUCGACGACCACAACCACAAUUUCUUCAAAAACCCACCAAAACUAUGAUACCCAAACCUACCAUUUCUGCCCAUGAUCGCAUUAUAAAGAAAGUUGGACGACCUAGCAAGAAACAACAAACUAAAACACAACAGUCUACGGAUUUUAGUGGACGACAAUCACUUCGAACGAAAACUAUUUUGAAUCGAAUGCAAAUAGAAGAACAACUUCGAGAAAAUGAGUUUAAAAAGGCGUUACUCCCCAAACGAUCACGACCGAAGGAGCAUCGUUUGACUCAGGAAGAAUUAUUAGCAGAAGCAGCGAUCACUGAAGGCGAGAAUCUGGCAUCAUUAGAACAAUGGCAGCAAAAGGAAGCAGAAAGACAAGCUAAAGCAAAAGUGAAAGUGAAACGCGGUAUUGAAGGACCAUUUAUUCGAUAUCACUCUUUUACUGAAGGUAAUAAGGAAGAACGACCCAAACGACGGAAACUUGUGAUGAUUAUGGAUGAUAAAGAUGGCAACACAACGCAAAUGGAUAUUGUGGAUCCUGUGGCACUUGAAUUCCAAUAUCGACGCGACGUAGAAGAAUGUGAUCUGGCAACAAGGAAUUUGAUUACGUUUUUCCAACAUGAUGACAAUGAAGCCAACAACAUGAUGGAUGAUCAAAAUAAAAUGACUAAGAACAAAUUACUACAUAUCAAUACAGAAGGAUUAACGGAUAGAGAAUUGGAUCGACUGGAUAGGAUACCAUCAUUAGCUUCAUGGGCUGAUCGAACACCACGAACCAUUAAACCACUACCAUGUCCUAUUUCAGGAAAAGAAGCACGAUAUCGCGAACCAAUGACUAGUACACCGUAUUCAAACGCCAUCUCUUAUACCAAGAUCAUCGAUUGUCUGAAACACAACUAUAUCUGGUCGCCAUCACUUGGAAUUUAUACAAGCAAUGAAGCAGAUAGCAAAGGCGCAGAAGGUGUACCUGAAGGAUGGGAACGAAUGGUAUUAGGAAAACAAUCAACAAUGGAACAAGAUUGGGAAGCACCUUUUCCAUCUUGGUUGGCAACCGUAGAAACCAAAUCAGGCAAGAAACGACAACGGAUACGAACACAAUCUAGUUAGUUAGUUUUUUUAUUAGAUUAGAUUUUAUUAUCAUAGUUGAACAAUAAAGAAUGAAAAAUAGUUGCUUUAUGGGUUUAUAUUUGAAAAGGCAUAGUAUGGAAGAUGGUAUGACAGAGAUCCGAUUCCAUGGUUAUUUGUUAGGAUAACGUUUACAAGGAACGGAGUUUAAGUACAUGAUAAUAAACAAAAAAGAUAUUAUUAUUUAUUUUUUAUUUUUUAUUUUUUUGAUAUGAACAUAUCCUUGAAUUAUCCUGAUGAUGGAUUUGAUGAAUUACCCAAUGGACAGAAAAGAAAGGAAAGAAAGAGAAAAAAAAAAGCAGC